UUACGGUGUCGUUAGCUUUCGUUUUGGUACCUAUUGAGAAGCCAAAACCUAGAUGGGGUCAUAGCGCCGUGCUCUUGAAUGACAAAUUAUAUAUUUAUGGCGGAAAAGUGGGAACAAGUUCGAAAGAGGAUCCUAUGGAUACAAGUCAGAAUUCAAACCAACUUCUUAUCCUCGAUGCAUCAGUACCUUUCACAAUAAAAGACCCUGCGUGGACUUUACGUUUGGUAGGCCCUCGAGUUGCAUAUCAUACAAUCAGUUUAGGUGGAACACAAAAUGAACUUUUAGUAUUAUAUGGAGGGGAAUAUAAUAAUGAUGUACCUAUACCAGCGAAUCCAUUAUUUUACUACAAUACUUCGGAGGAAUCUCCGUCAUGGAUUUAUGCAGGAAUACAAGACAAACAACCUGUGGUCCAUACAAAAGAACAUACGGUAGUUACAAGAUUAAAUGAUUCUAUGAAUUAUUUUUUUGGUGGCAUUAAUACACCUGACCCAAAGGUUUCAGCAAAAUCUCAACUCCGGGAUUUAUUUAAAGUGGAUACUAGGGGAAAUCACUGGAAUAUCAUGAAUGUGGGUCCAAAUACACCGCCAGGAAGAUUUCAUCAUACUGCUACAAUUCUUUCUGAUGGAAGGAUGUAUGUAAUUGGAGGGUAUUCUGUAGACAAGUUAGCAGACAUGAAUCAAAUUUACGUUUAUGAUACGAUAGAAGAAAAAUGGAGUGUUCAGACCGCAGUUGGUACUUUACCUUUGGCACGCAGAGAUCAUACCGCAGUAGGAACGCAUGACGGUAAAGUGAUAAUAUACGGCGGUGUUAACCAAGAUUUUACUAGAAUAUUUGAUGAUAUUGCAAUUUUGGAUACAACCAAACAACCUUAUACUUGGAAAGUUUAUAAGGCAAACGGCGUCAUACCACCAGCAAGAUAUUCGCAUACGGCUACGAUCAUUGGAACUAAUAUGUUGAUUGCAUUUGGGUAUUUGGCAGAGAAUAUUGCAGAUAAUAAUAUAUAUGUCCUUGAUACAAACACGUACACAUGGAAAGAAAAUUACACCCCAGAAAAUUUGGAAUUUACAAAAACAACGCUUUCAAUUUCAACGCCCUCAAUAUCGACAGUAACGACACAUGCUACCUUUACAGUUGGUCAAAUAUCGUACGUUACCAUUGAGGAAGAUACUACAGGAUUAGGAGCGCUCUACGCUGAUUCUUCGCAUCCAGACAAUACUAUUUUAUUUAGGUUGGCUCGUUUAGGAGGAACCGGUUGUAAUGAAGCAACCAUUUUGUUCCGUACAAUCUCAGCCGAAGGUGUAGUAACCCCCUUUAAUUUAGCAGGCGAAGAUAUCGCAGAUAUCAGUCCAACCAAUUUUUGUCAAUCACCAAAGAAAAGAUCGAUAUUUGAAAAUAAUCACAAUCGUAGACGUCUACUUGAAAACUAUUUAAUGAGAAGGACCGAAGAUGGCAAGAAUCCUAAAGAGCCUGAUGAUGAUUCGCCUAAAGAGCCUGAUGACGAUACACCCAAAGAACCUGAUGAUGACACACCACAAGGGCCCGAUGAUGAUACACCUAAAGAGCCCGAUAAUGAUACACCUAAAGAGCCACCUAAAGAGCCCAAUGAUGAUACGAAUAAAGAGCCUACACCCAAGGAAACACCCAAGGGAACGUCUAAAUCACCUGCACCUGUCCCGGAUGGAAUUGGAGUACUCACUUUCGCUGACAAUCUUAUCCUCCUCUACUUUCAAUGCGGAACUGAUGUGUUACUAAUCUGCGGUAAUAUCUAUGUAAAUUAUGACAUAACAGCCCCCCUUCAAAAGAUAAGGUUUGAAGAAUCUUGCACCGAAUAUGAUGCGGUAAGGGGACAAAAUGGGUUCCUCUUUCUGUGUUAUAAACAAACGGAAUCGACGAUUUCAUGGCAAAAUUGGGGAAUUAAUGAAAGUCUGAUAAAAAGGAUUAAUUACGGAGAAAUCACAGCGGUGAAUGAAACACUUAAAGGAUCACUUGUGAAAGCGUUCCCGGUUGGUCAAGGAGCUUAUUCAGUCGUUAUGGGCUCUUAUGCUCAGCAUACGGCUAAAAAUCUCUACAUUCCUCCAAUUGGCUUGGCGGCUUAUUUCUUAACAAAUCAAAGUGAAUUAUACAACGGUCCCUUUAAUAUAUAUUUCAAUCCCGGACAAAGUGAAACGGACGAAGUUAAUUUUGCGAUUCGAGUUUGCCAUCCUCAAGCUGGAGGAUAUGGCUACCGAUGCCUAAUAACGAUAAAAAGAGUGGCCGUCACAAAAUUUAUAUCUAUUGGAUUUUCCGAGGCUGGGGAAAUCACCUCGACCUACGAAUUUCAAUCGUAUGAAGUGACCCCUACAACUGAUGUUGGGGGAGCCGCGAGUUUGCGUUAUGGUGGAUAUUGUAUUGUUAUUGUGGAUAAUGGUAAACUUGACGGUCUUGUCUAUAAUGAAAAAGGUAUUUCUGGUGGAAAAUGGGGAAUGCCGAAAGACAUCAAUUACACUCCCAAUGUCGGUGCUACCUAUAAUAAUACUGUGUACGGUAUGGAACAAAUUACAAAUGCAACUUCAUGGAGA